AUGCUCCUGCUGAGCGCGGCGGGUGAGACGGCCAUUGUGCGGCUCUUCCUUCUCGACUUCGCCGUCGACGUGCACGCGCGGUAUGGCGGCGGCGUCUCGGCGGUGCUGGCGGCGGCGGCCAUGGGCGAAACCAAAAUGCUGCAAUUGCUUUUUGAGCUGGGUGCCAACCUCUUGGACGUGGACGACCGAGGGUACUCGACGCUCCACUGCGCAAGUAUGUACUGCUACGGCCUCGACACGGUCACGUACCUCUGCGGUGUUGCUCCGAGCCUCAUCGACUGGCCUGCCAGUGACGGGAGCACAGGGCUCCUCCUCGCGGUUCAGCACGGGCUGCUGGAUAUUGCGCGUGCACUCUUGGAACACCACGCGAACCCGCGUAUCGCCGACGUGCAAGGUAUCACCGCCGACGCCCUUGCCCGCGCCGCCGGUCAUUGGGACCUCGUCGCCCUUAUGGACCCACCCCCGGACAACCCGUGGAUUGAGUGCCAAACGGACGAAGGCGACGUUUUCUUCUACAACUCGGUGACGGGCGAGUCGAGCUGGUACAUUCCAGGCCCGCAGAUCGCGGACGAAGUCGAAACAUCCGUCACGUCAACGCCGCUGUGCCUCAUGCCCCUCGUGUCUCCCCUCACUGCACUCGACGACCCGGACGCGGCGGCAAAGGAGCUCCUCCGACGCAAGAAGGAGCGCCAGCAGCGCCGACGGCGAAAGCAGCCCACUUAA